CAAAAAGGGAUUUUAGAAAGUUCCAAUUAUGAUCUAAGUAAUCACGGCUAAAUUGCCUGAGAUUAGAUUACAAAAAGAACGUAUUAAUGGUCUUAAUAAAAAUGCGUAAAAAUAUAAAUUUUUACGUAAAUCAAUUUCGAAGGAAAAAGAUUAUUAUUUGACAAAAUGGAUCCGUCAACGUUACCAUCAUCAUCAGGAAAUGCAUCAGAAACCAAUAAUCAGUUUUGGUCGGAUGAAGAGGACAUGUUUUUAUUCAUCCUGAUAAAGAAUCGUUGUGAAAUAGUCGAAUCUGAAUCUAGUGAAGAUACGAAGGAACGACUAUGGAUAGAAAUACGAGAAUGUUUGAACAAUAAAUUCAAAACGGAUAGAGACAUGAACUCUAUUAAGGAACGUUGGGAAAAAUUGAAGAGUUUGGCGAAACUGGAUAUUUAUACGCUCCUAUCGAAGAUCAAACAAAAAUCACCAAAGAAAACAAGCUAUCGUCCAUCCCAUUUCAAUCUGCAAAUUUGGAAAUUAUUAAAGCCUCAUAAAAGGAAGCAAGAUGAAUGCGACGAUGCAAUGGAGUAUUCCGCUUACAUGUUGGGUUUUGAAGUUCCCCAAGAAAUAGAUACAUUAUUGGAUAAUUUGAUAAGAAUAAGCGAUAUAGUAUUCGAUCCAUAUUUUGCCAGUUCUUCUUCUUCUUCUUCUAAUUUAUCAUCAGAAAGAAGUCGUAGUUUAAGCCCGCCAAGAACAGCAACGUCUCCCAGAGUCUAUAGAUCAUCUAGAUCUAGAUCCGCCCAACCUAGGAUUAGUAGUUAUAUGACGUACAGCGAUCUGACACAAUUGUCCGACGAGGACAACGAAGAAGGUGCAACUGCGAGAAUCGAAGAAAGAAGAUCAAUGUUAACAGAACUAAGAUCGUUAAUGUCGACCGAUCAAAAAUCAUCAAAAUCGACCGAAUCAUUGGUAGGAAACAGACAAAGACAAUUACCGAUGUCCGAAUUACCACGAACAUUGGAGUCCGAUCUACAUGAUGAACAACCGUAUCGUCCCACUGAUAGACGGCAUAGUAUACAAGAAUCCAAUGUAAGAACGAGCAGAAGUAGUAGAGAAAAGAUAUCGCCGAGGACAACCCAAAAAUUUCAUCAAUCUAACAUAUCAUCGUUUUAUCCUAACGAUAAAUGGCUAAAUUUACGAGAAUCUGAUAUAACUAGAGAAGAACCUGCAGGAGCGGCCGAUGUUGUUGAAAGAAUAAUACCAGGAUCAGCAUUACCAAGGGCCGAACCACCAAGGAGCGGACCAUCAAGAACCGAAUCAACUCAACAUGGUGCACAAUCCUUACACCAGAAAGAUAGAAAGGCUAAAAUAAAAGAAUCUCAUACAAGAACAUCCGAUGACAGCAGAGAAGAAAGAGCAUCUCUGAGAGCAAGAUGGACUGAACCCGUUCAACAAUCUGCUGCACAACUCAGACGGAUAGGAAUACAAGAAUCUGAUGUAAGAACAACAGAUGAUAGUAUCAAAAAAAGAACAUCACAUGCAUCAACGAUGACCGAACCAGUUCAUCAAUCUGCUGCACAACCGUUUCAUCCCAGCGAGAAACGGGUUAAAAUAAAAGAAUCUGAUAUAUUAUCGGGUGAUGAUAGAGCAGGGAAAAAACCAACAGUACGUUGGAGUGAUCCAAUUCAUCGAUCUACUGAAUCAUCAUCUCAUUCCAACAUUACAUGGAUUCAAUCAGAAGAAAAUAUAGCAAUGAUCGAUGAUACUGACGAAGAAAGGCCAACGCAAUCACAAUCAAGGACAGAACCAACUCAUCAAUCUGGUGGUGCACAAUGGUUUCAUCCAAGCGAUAAGUGGACGAAAUUAAAAGAAUCUCAGGCAAGACCGAGGGAUGGUGGUGACGAAGAAAGAAUAACGCAGACGCUAUCAAAGAAAGAACCAAGUGACCGUCAAUCUGUACGUAUCUUCGAACCCAGCGAAAGAUGGAUUAGAUUAAGAGAUUCUUUUAUGAAGCAAAGGCACUCUUCUGGAUCAGAUGAAGGCAGAGAAUUAAGACCAUCGUCGGAAGCACCGAAGAUCAAACCGAUCGUAUCCAGUGCACCACGACCCAUUCCAUUCAGCGAUAAACGGUUUAAAGCACAAGAAUCUGAUAUAAGAACGAGUGAUGAAAACGAAAUAAGGCGGGCGCAAAGAGCACGUUGGAAAGAACCAAUUCAAUCAUCUGGUGAUAUACGAUCACUUUAUCGCAGUGAAAGAUGGAUUAGAAUAACAGAAUCUGAUAAAUCAACGAGCGAUGAUAGUGGAGAAGAAAGAAAAACCCACACCAUACGGAGGAACGAACCAUUACAUCAAUCUGAUGUACCAUCGUUCUAUCCAGCCGAUAAAUGGAUUAAAUUAAAAGAUUCUGUUACAAGAGGAGAAGAUUCUUCAGGAUCUGGCGAUGAUGCCAGAGAAGUAAGAGCACCAUCGCAAUCAAGAAUUGAUUCAGUCCUGCAUGGUGAUAGAUGGAUUAGAUUGAGAGAAUCAGAUGUAAUGGUAGGAGAUUCUUCAGGAUCGAGCGAUGAAGCCAGAGAAAUAAAAGCACCACCAAAACCACCGAGAAUCGAUCCAUCCCUACAUGGUGUAAAACCGUUUCAUCCAACCGAUAGAUGGAUUAGAUUGAAAGAAUCUGAGGUAAUGGUAGGAGAUUCUUCAGAAUCGAGCGACGAAGCUAGAGAAGUAGGAGCAUCAUCGGAACCACCGAGAAUCGAUCCAGCCUUGCAUGGUGUAAGACCGUUUCAUCCAACCGAUAGAUGGUUUAGAUUGAGAGAAUCUAAUGUAAUGGUAGGAGAUUCUUCAGGAUCGAGCGACGAACCUAUCAGAGAAGUAGGAGCAUCGUCGGAACCACCGAGAAUCGAUCCAGCCCUGCAUGGUGUAAGACCGUUUCAUCCAACCGAUAGAUGGAUAAGAUUAAGAGAAACUGAUGUAAUGGUAGGAGAUUCUUCAGGAUCAAGCGACGAACCUGUCGGAGAAAGAAGACCAACGAGAAUAGACCCAGCUCUCCAUGGUGUAAAACCGUUUCAUCCAACCGAUAGAUGGAUUAGAUUAAGAGAAACUGAUGUAAUGGUAGGAGAUUCUUCAGGAUCGAGUGAUGAACCUGUCAGAGAAGUAAGAGCAUUAUCGGAACCACCGAGAACCGAUCCAUAUUUAGAUGUACAACCAUUAAAUCCCAACGAUAAUUGGACUAGAUAUAAAGAAUCUGUAAGAACGGGUGAUGAUAAUUCCAGAGAAAGAACGAUGCCCACCCCACCAAGAGUCGAAACUAUUUAUCAGUCUAAUGAUCCACGCCAUUCCGAAGCAUGGAUUACGAUAAAAGCACCUGAUGGAACAAUAGAAGCAAUUCCUAUGGGUUCGGCUGAUAUGUCCGAAGAAGAAUCACCACAGAGCAAUUUACCAACUCAAGCUCAUGUACAACCGUAUUAUCCGGAGUCAUGGCUUAGAAUAAGAGAUUCUGUUAUGAGAGAAAGAGGAAGUCCUGUGAGAAUAGUCGAUAGUAACAUCGAAGAAAGAGCAUCAGCACCCUUACCAAACCCACCUCGUGAAUCUUGGUUUAGAGUAAGAGAGAGAACUAUAGCAGAAACAAAUAUUCGUGCAAGACCGGCCGAUAGUAACAUCGAAGUAAGACCAUCAGUAAGGACUUUGCCAAGCCAAUCUCAUGUACAAUCGUAUUACCCGAUACCACAAGCUAGAGUAAGAGAGCCUAUUAUAAUGGAAACGGAUAUUCCUAUGAGACCGGCCGAUAGUGACAUCCAAGUAAGACCAUCAGCGAGGACUUUGCCAAGCCGACCUUAUGUACAACCAUGUUACUCGGAACCACAAAUUAUAGUCACCGAGCCUAUUAUAACGGAAACAGAUAUUCCUAUGAGACCGGCCGAUAGUGAUAUCCAAGUAAGACCAUCAGCAAGGACUUUGCCAAGCCGACCUUAUGUACAAUCAUAUUAUCCGGAACCUCGGGCUAGAACAAGAGAGUCUAUUAUAAUGGAAACAAACAAUCCUGUGAGAUCGGCCGAUAGUGACAUCGAAGUACGGCCAUUAGCAAGAACUUUACCAAGCCGACCUCAUGUACAACCAUAUUACCCGGAACCACGGGCUAGAACAAGAGAGUCUAUUACGAGGGAAAGAGUUCCUAUGAGAACGGCCAGUAGUGAAGUUGAAAUAAGACCACCGAGAACCUUACCAAGCCGACCUCGUGUACUACCGCAUUACGAGGAAUCGUGGGUUGGAAUAAGAGAACCUUUUACGAGGGAAAGAAAUAUUCCUAUGAGAUCAUCCGUAAGUGACCCCGACAUAAGAUCAUCAUCGAGCAGCUUGUCAACUCCGCAUCGUGUACUACCCGCUUACGCGAACAGACGUGUUGUUAAUGUAAGAGAACCUGAUAGAAGGGAAGGAUUAUCUAUGAGAUCAACUGGUGUUCCCACUGAAUCGAGAUCGUUAAUGAGAUCUGAAGCAGACCAACAUGAUGUAUAUCUUAGUAGAUUAAGGGAAACCAUUAUAGAAGAAGAGGAUUAUUAUCGUUUAUCGGAACAAUAUACACCGGAAGAAAGUAUAAGAAGAUUACAAAUUUUGAGAAUCAGGGAAAGAGAACUAUUUAUCCGAGAAAGUCAAUAUCUGGAAGAACAAAUUCGUAUGCAACGAUUGGAAAGCAAUCUCGAAACGGCACAAAUGCGUAAACGAAUUGCUUUGAGCGAAUAUAAAUUGGCGGAAUUGAAGGAGAUAAUGCUCGAGUUGAAUAUAAACGAUCCCAGAAGUCAAGCGAGAAUGACUGGUCAAUCUGGUUCUGGUUCAAAUAGAGGUGGCAGAGCUGGUGCUAUCCGUGAAGCUGGAGGAGCUUUUGGACAAAUGGAAAUUGCUCAUGAAGAUCAAUACUUUUAUAAUCAGCAAAAGGAACAGAUAAGAAAAUUGAGAGAAGGUAUUCGCGACGAAAUUGCUUUUCAUGAGGAACAGAUCCGGCGCCAUCAAGAAGCUAUAGAACGUCAUAACGCGAGGAUGGCUGAAAUGCGUACUACAGAACAUUAAAUAUAUUAUCCAUCUAUGUCUACAAGCUUUAUAAAGGAAUACAGCUGAUAUUUCAUCAUGUAUAAAUGAUGAAAGGUUAUAGUAGGGUUGUUAGAACAGUCACCCUUUUUUUCUUUUUUUAUGCCAGAUUCAAUUGUUUUUAUUAAUUAUUUUUAAUGAACUUGGCUUUAUCAAUAAUUAUUGAAAAUUAAAAGAACUGAUCUCAGUAAUAUGUUACCAAUAGUUAACAGAUUUGUCUCAAAAAAUUGCUACAUUUAAUAGAUUUGUAUAUAUUUUCAAAUAAUGCAUUAAUAUAUUCAAUUUUUAACCAAUGAUGUAACAAAUAAUGUAACGGAGACAGUAAUUAUUCGAAAUAAAAGCCAUUAUAACGCAAAA